CACGGAAAUUUUUCUCUCUUCUUCUCUAACUUCUGCCCAACGAGCUUUAAUAUCUGCUAUCCAAAAUUCUGGUAUUAAUGUCAUUCAUAUGGCUGAUCAUAUUUUACGUGUCGCCAAAUCUGUUAGUUUAACAUUAUUAUCUGAAUAUGUAAUGAAAGGAAUUGUCCAUGAAACUAUACCUUUUGAUUUAUAUAAAGCAACUGAACAAAUUACUGAUGGAAUGGAGCUCCUAUUUGAAACUGAAGAUAUAACGUUUGAAUUUGAAUAUAGAAUACCAUUACAACAAUCUAUGUUUAUUGGUGAUGUCGGUGUAAUUAAACAAAUCAUUAUUAAC